UGCUGCUGUGCUCUGUAGCAUCCAAACAUCUACCAAGGAACAAAUAAAAGCCUCCCAUCUUCUAAAGACUCAACCACCAGGAGGACUUAGGACAAACAUGCAUCUGUCUCUUAUUCCCAUCUGCGGGCUCCUCAUCCUAAACCUGCAGCUGUCCGUCUCGCAUCCCAUCACCACUGGGCUAUCAGACACUGACAUGGACAUCUUCAAGGUGCUGCUCCACAAACUUCAGGAGUCUGUUUCACUGCAGUCUGAAGUGGACCAGAGAGCCCCUGUAGACCAGGACGGUCUGGACAGAGUGGCUGCAGAAGAAGUGACAGAGGAGCAGCAGCAGCAGCCCCAAACUGGACUGGACGAGGCCGCCAUUAGGGAAUUUUUUUCAGCCAAGAACCUGAAGAACGUCCGUAACGACUCCACCAGGAGAUCCUCCGGCUGCUUUGGACGUAGGAUGGACAGAAUAGGCUCCAUGAGCUCUCUGGGCUGCAACACUGUGGGCAGAUACAAUACAAAGUAAAGAUGAAGUCUUACCGCCUAUUUUCUGGAACUGGGACACUUCUGUAGAGGAUAUUUUUACCUGAAUAUUAUUUAUUAACCAAUAUUUAUUAAAAAUCUUUUUUGUCGCUUACCAUAUAUGUACUUGAAAUGAUUGUAAGAUUGUUGUUCUGCAUUAUGUUUUAAUAAAGGUUUACGUCAGCGCA